CUCCUUCGGGAUCACGUGACGCAUGUGACCGAGCAGUAUGGCGGACAUGCAUGUGGAGCCUCAAAACAAAUUGUACCGUUUGUUCAGCUAACCCCGCCGCGAGGAAACAUCGAUACCGCGCGCGAAGUCGGGCCGGCGGUGGCCGAAUGGUCAGCAGGAUGGACGAGGACAACAAACUUCAGUUUCCGUCUCUGCCCGAUACCAAGGAGGACCUUCUGGAUUGGGCGUAUCCGAUGAGACGAGAUAUGCAGGAGAUUUUACCAGGACUGUUUUUAGGUCCCUACUCUUCUGCGAUGAAAAGCAAGCUGCCAAUUCUCGAAAGACACGGCAUAACGCACAUUGUGUGCGUCCGCCAAGACAUUGAAGCCAAUUUUAUCAAACCUAAUUUCCCUCACAUGUUUAGAUACCUUGUGUUAGAUAUUGCUGACAAUCCAGUGGAAAAUAUAAUCCGCUUUUUUCCUAUGACUAAAGAAUUCAUUGAUGGCUGCUUAGCAACAGAAGGAAAAGUACUGGUUCAUGGUAAUGCAGGGAUAUCAAGAAGUGCUGCCUUAGUGAUUGCAUAUCUUAUGGAAACAUUCGGUAUGAAAUACAGGGAAGCAUUCAGCCAUGUUCAGGAGAGGAGGUUUUGCAUUAAUCCCAAUGUGGGCUUUGUGCAUCAGCUACAGGAAUAUGAAGCAAUCUACCUAGCCAAACUGACCAUUAAAAGGAUGUCGGUGCAGUUGGACAGGCCGUUCUCACUACAAGCUGGGAUGCCAGGAAGCCGCAAACGCAGCCUGGAGGAAGAUGAAGAUUUUGGAGGGAUGCAGGUCACAGCUGCACAGAACGGAUGAGCUUUGCUGAUAAUGUUUGCUGUGUGGCAGAGUGCACUCGAUUCUUUUCUUUCUUUCUUUUUCAUUUUUAAUGGGAUUAAAAAUGUAAAUAUUUGAACUUUUUCUAAGGGGAAGGGAUCGGGCCAGGACAGGAACUACUCAUGUCUGAGACAUGAAGUACUAAAGGGGACUGGGAACAAUUUGAUAACUCCUUUCUUUCUUUUUUUUCUUGAGCUGUAUGCACUGAUGGGGGACUUUUUCUUUUUUGCAGUUUUAUAGUAUUUAAAGCAUUUUGCAUUUGCAGCGGGACAGUAUUGCAAUAAUGCACUUUCGAUACUUGAAUUUGUGUAGACGAACAGGUGGGGAAAGUUGGCAAAAGGGAAAGUAGCCAAGAUAUUUCCCAGUUAAGGACAUGAGAAGAGGAAUAGCUACGCCUUUAUUUCGGGAGUAAUAGGGUUAUGGACUAAUAUCAGACUUAAUAUGGGAUAGUAAGGAAUAGAAAACUCACUGCUUAAUAAAGUCCUGAGUCCUGUUCA